AUGUUCUCCAGGAAGAAGCAUCGGUAUGCUGACUAUCUUAGUGGUGUCCUACACAUUGUUAAUGUGUUCCUGGGCUAUGUGCCUACCUUCUUGGAUGAUCACAUAGUCUCUACGUUUGACUGGAGCCAACACGACAAGUCGGAUCUGUUGGACGUCACGCGCGACGUUACUCCGGUCCAAUGCCACUCGCAUAAUGACUACUGGCGCAGAGUUCCGCUAUACGACGCCCUACGUUGGGGUUGCACAGGCGUAGAAGCCGAUGUCUGGCUAUUCGACGAGGAGCUGUACGUCGGUCACAACACUAACGCCUUGACGCGUGAUGGCACCUUCACGUCGAUGUAUGUCGAUCCUCUGGUAAAGAUGCUGGACCACAGAAACGAGUUCGGAGACUUUGCGACCACGUCCAGCGUCAAAAAUGGCGUGUUCAUCACUGAGCCUGCACAGACCUUAGUCCUGCUCGUGGAUUUUAAGAACAACGGCCAUGACAUCUUCCCUGUAGUGUCGCAGCAGCUCACCGCGCUACGUGAGAAGGGCUACCUGACCUACUUCGAUGGAAACACCACCAUCGAGGGCGCCAUCACCGUCGUUGCAACUGGUAAUGCGCCUUUUGAUCUCAUCACUGCGAACUCUACCUACCGCGACAUUUUCUUCGACGCCCCUCUAGACAAGCUCGAGGAAGGCACUUCCGUUGGCCAGCGCGGCGGUCAAGGUACGGUCGGCACAACCCCUAGCUCGCACUUCGACAGCACGAACUCCUACUACGCCUCUGUCAACUUUGGUAAAUCGAUCGGUACGUUGUGGUUCGGUCGCAUCACGGAGGCCCAGGUCCUCAAAAUCCGAGCGCAAAUCAAGAGUGCAAAAGAGAGGGGCUUACAGGCGAGGUACUGGAGCGCGCCCAAGUUUCCGAUUGGACUUCGGAACAGAGUAUGGAAGCUGCUUGUUGAAGAGGGUGUCGGAUAUCUGAAUGGAGAUGACCUGCAGGGUAUGACAAGGUUAGAUUGGGGUGUCAAGCGACACUGGGGCUUGAUUGUUUGA